UGCGGGGCGGGGGCGCCCGGUAGCGGCAGCGGGGCCGGCGUCGGGGCCGGGAGCGGAGCCGGAGGGGAUCGCGUUGCGGAGCAGGCGGCGGCUCCCCUCGGGACCGACGGCGGCUGCCGGCCGGGGAGUUAAUGCCUGGCCACAACAUCUGUACUGUGUACUGCUGCUGCUACACAAAGGGAACUUCUAGGCUUUGCUAAAGGAAGAUGGCUUCCUGGACGCAGCUGGGAUUGCUGCUAUGGAAGAACUUUACCUACAGAAGAAGACAGACUUUCCAGCUGCUGAUCGAAGUUGCCUGGCCUCUGUUUAUCUUCUUCAUCCUGAUCUCUGUAAGACUUUCAUAUCCGCCCUAUGAGCAGCAUGAAUGUCACUUUCCAAAUAAAGCUAUGCCUUCGGCAGGAACCUUGCCAUGGAUACAGGGGAUCAUCUGCAAUGCCAACAACCCAUGUUUCCGCUACCCAACUCCUGGGGAAUCCCCUGGUAUUGUUGGAAAUUUCAAUGCCUCCAUUGUUUCCCGCCUGUUCUCGGAUGCCAGGAGGUUACUGUUGUACAGCCAACAGGACACAAGUAUAAAGGAUGUCCAGAAGGUCCUGGGAAAACUACGCAAGUUGGGAAAUUCCUCUGGCUUAGACUUGAAACUUCGGGAUUUCCUGAUUGACAAUGAGACAUUCUCUGACUUCCUCCAUCAUAAUGUGUCCAUGCCAUCAUCUGCUGUAGAGGAGCUACUGGAUGCAGGGGUCAACCUCCAGCAGGUCAUUGUGUCUGGUUAUCGAAUGCGACUGAGAGAUCUCUGCAAUAGCUCAACAUCGUCUGAAUUUCUAAUGAUCCAAAAUCAGACAGCAGCCAUGGACUCUGAAGCCUUCAUUUGCACCUUGCCAAAGGAAAAACUCCAUGCAGCCGAGCAAGCCUUCCGUGCUAACCUGAAUCCUUUGAAGCCUCUUCAGAGACAACUUUCUUUCAAUUCCUCCUUGUGGGAUCUGUCAGAAACUGUGGAAACUUUGAGAGAGAGCAUUGGGAAGCUUGUUAAAGAGCUGCUGAGCAUGAAGAGCUGGAGUGACAUGAGGCAAGAGGUGAUGUUCCUGACCAAUGUGAACACCUCAAACUCCUCUACGCAGAUCUAUCAGGCUGUGUCACGCAUUGUGUGUGGCCAUCCUGAAGGUGGAGGGCUCAAAAUUAAAUCCCUCAACUGGUAUGAGGAUAACAAUUACAAAGCACUGUUUGGAGGCAACAGCACUGAGGAUGAUGUGAUUAACUUCUAUGAUAACUCCACAACGCCCUACUGCAAUGAGCUAAUGAAGAAUCUGGAAUCCAGCCCGCUUUCCAGGAUUAUCUGGAGGGCUUUGAAACCCUUGCUGAUUGGGAAGAUCUUGUACACCCCAGAUACGCCAGCUGUAAGGAAGGUCAUGUCUGAGGUGAACAGGACAUUCCAGGAGCUGGGUGUGUUUCGUGACCUCGGGGGAAUGUGGGAGGAGAUAAGCCCAAAGAUUUGGACAUUUAUGGAAAGUAGUCAAGAAAUGGAUCUCAUUCGGACAUUGCUGAAAGGCAGAGCCCUCUGGGACCUGCACUUGCCAGCUUCCAACUGGACAGUGGAGGAUGUUGCCCGUUUCCUGUCAAACAGUCCAGAGGACAUUGAGACAGAAAAUGGCUCUGUGUACACCUGGGUGGAUGCCUUCAAUGAGACAGACCGGGCUAUCCAGACCAUCUCCCGCUUCAUGGAGUGUGUCAACCUGGACAAACUGGAGCCUGUGCCCACAGAAGUCCGUCUCAUUAACAAGUCCUUGGAACUUCUGGAUGAAAGGAGGUUCUGGGCUGGCAUAGUCUUCACUGAAAUAGCUCCUGACAGCACAGACCUCCCUCAACAUGUGAAAUACAAGAUACGCAUGGACAUUGAUAAUGUGGAAAGGACCAACAAGAUCAAGGAUGGGUACUGGGAUCCUGGUCCCCGUGCUGACCCCUUUGAGGACAUGCGCUAUGUCUGGGGAGGCUUUGUCUACCUGCAGGAUGUGAUAGAACAGGCCAUCAUCAGGGUUCAGACAGGCACGGAGAAGAAGACAGGAGUUUAUGUGCAGCAGAUGCCCUACCCAUGUUACGUGGAUGACAUAUUUCUGCGUGUCAUGAGCCGCUCCAUGCCUCUCUUCAUGACACUAGCUUGGAUCUACUCAGUGGCUGUGAUAAUUAAGGGCAUUGUGUAUGAGAAGGAAGCUCGGCUGAAAGAAACAAUGAGGAUCAUGGGCCUUGACAAUGGCAUCCUUUGGUUAAGCUGGUUCAUUAGCAGCCUUGUCCCUCUCCUGAUGAGUGCAGGACUGCUGGUGCUGAUCCUGAAGAUGGGGAAUCUGCUGCCUUACAGCGAUCCUAGUGUGGUGUUCAUUUUCCUCUCAAUCUUUGGCGUUGUGACCAUCCUCCAGUGCUUCCUCAUCAGCACUGUGUUCUCCAGGGCCAACCUGGCAGCUGCCUGUGGGGGCAUUGUCUACUUCACACUGUACCUGCCUUAUGUGCUGUGUGUUGCCUGGCAGGACCACAUCAGCUUCUCACUCAAGAUUUUUGCGAGCCUGCUGUCUCCAGUAGCCUUUGGUUUUGGUUGUGAGUACUUUGCACUGUUUGAGGAGCAGGGAGUUGGUGUUCAGUGGGACAACUUCUUUGAGAGCCCAUUGGAAGAAGAUGGCUUUAGCAUCACCACAUCAGCUGUCAUGAUGCUGUUUGAUACCUUCCUGUAUGGAGUCAUGACCUGGUACAUUGAAUCUGUCUUCCCAGGCCAGUAUGGGAUUCCCAGACCCUGGUACUUUCCUUUCACAAAGUCAUAUUGGUUUGGGGAGGAACCACAGGACAGGCAGCACACACAUCCUGACCAGAAGGGGUCUUCAGAAGUCUGCAAGGAAGAAGAGCCAGCACAUCUGAGUCUUGGCGUUUCCAUCCAGAACCUGGUCAAGGUUUACCGUGAUGGCAAGAAAGUUGCUGUAGAUGGUCUCACACUUAACUUCUAUGAGGGACAAAUCACCUCCUUUUUGGGACAUAAUGGAGCUGGGAAAACCACUACCAUGUCCAUUUUGACUGGCUUGUUUCCCCCAACUUCGGGUACAGCCUUCAUCCUGGGCAAAGAUAUCCGCUCUGAGCUUAGCACCAUCAGGCAGAACCUGGGUGUAUGUCCACAACACAAUGUGCUGUUUGACUUGCUGACUGUGGAGGAGCACAUCUGGUUCUAUGCUCGGCUCAAAGGGCUGCCAGAAAAAAAGGUGAAAGAGGAGAUGGAGCAGAUGGCAACAGAUGUUGGUUUGCCUCACAAACUGAAAGCUAGGACAAGCAAGCUCUCUGGUGGCAUGCAGAGGAAGCUCUCUGUUGCCUUGGCUUUUGUUGGUGGCUCCAAGGUUGUCAUUCUGGAUGAGCCUACAGCUGGGGUGGAUCCUUAUUCUCGCAGAGGAAUAUGGGAACUGCUUCUGAAGUAUCGGCAAGGUCGCACUAUCAUUCUCUCCACACACCACAUGGAUGAGGCAGACAUUCUGGGGGACCGGAUUGCUAUCAUUUCUCAUGGCAAGCUCUGCUGUGUUGGCUCUUCUCUCUUCCUGAAGAACCAGCUGGGAACAGGCUAUUAUUUGACCCUGGUCAAAAAGGAUGUAGAUUCCUCUCUGAGCUCCUGUCGAAACAGCAGCAGCACAGUUUCCUAUUUGAAAAAGGAUGACAGUGUCUCCCAGAGCAGCUCUGAUGCUGGCCUUGGCAGUGACCAUGAAAGUGACACAUUGACAAUAGAUGUGUCUGCAAUUUCAAAUCUCAUUACAAAACAUGUUCCUGAGGCAAGACUGGUGGAGGACAUAGGUCAUGAAUUAACCUAUGUCUUGCCAUACAAAGCUGCUAAAGAGGGAGCUUUUGUGGAGCUGUUCCAUGAAAUUGAUGACCGUCUUUCUGAUCUUGGCAUUUCCAGCUAUGGCAUCUCGGAAACUACUCUGGAGGAGAUCUUCCUGAAAGUGGCUGAUGAUAGUGGUGUGGAUGCAGAAACCUCAGAUGGUACCUUGCCAGCCAGAAGGAACAGACGUGUGUUUGGAGACAGACAGAGCUGCCUUCGUCCAUUUACAGAAGAUGAUGCAUUUGAUCCUAAUGACUCAGACAUAGAUCCAGCAGAAUCCAGAGAGACAGACCUUCUCAGUGGCAUGGAUGGGAAAGGCUCCUACCAAAUGAAGGGCUGGAAGCUCACCCAGCAGCAGUUCAUGGCUCUGUUGUGGAAGAGGAUGCUUAUUGCCAGGAGAAGCCGGAAGGGCUUUUUUGCCCAGAUUGUGCUGCCAGCUGUCUUUGUGUGUAUUGCUCUCAUGUUCAGCCUGAUUGUUCCUCCUUUUGGAAAGUAUCCCAGCCUGGAAUUACAACCCUGGAUGUAUGAUGAGCAGUACACUUUUAUUAGCAACGAUGCUCCAGAAGAUGCAGGCACUCACAAGCUUUUGGAUGCUCUUCUUGAUAAGCCGGGGUUUGGGACACGCUGUAUGCAGGGACAUUCCAUCCCGGACACUCCUUGCUCUGUAGGGCAGAAGGAAUGGACCACUGCUUCGGUCCCAGAAUCAGUGCUGGAUAUCUUCCUGAAAGGCAACUGGAGCAUGGAGAAUCCUUCCCCAUCUUGUGAGUGUAGCAGUGAGAAGAUCAAGAAGAUGCUGCCUGUGUGCCCCCCUGGUGCAGGUGGCCUGCCACCCCCACAGCGUGAGCAAGACACAGCUGACAUCCUCCAGAAUCUGACAGGCCGCAAUAUAUCAGACUACCUAGUGAAGACCUAUGCGCAGAUCAUUGGGAAAAGCUUAAAGAAUAAAAUCUGGGUGAAUGAGUUCAGGUAUGGUGGCUUUUCCUUGGGAGCCAGCAGUUCCCUCGUGCUUCCUCCAAGUCAUGAAGUCACUGAUGCCAUUAAACAGGUGAAGAAAAUUUUGGAGCUGGCACAGGGGAGUUCUGGGGAUCGAUUUCUCAACAGUUUAUCAAGUUUCAUGAAAGGCCUGGAUACAAAGAACAAUGUGAAGGUGUGGUUUAACAACAAGGGCUGGCAUGCCAUUGCAUCCUUCCUGAAUGUGAUCAACAAUGCCAUCCUUCGGGCCAACCUCCAGCAGGGUGAAAAUCCCAGUGCUUAUGGGAUCACUGCCUUCAAUCACCCACUCAACCUCACCAAGCAGCAGCUCUCUGAAGUAGCUCUGAUGACCACCUCUGUUGAUGUCCUUGUGUCCAUCUGUGUGAUCUUUGCCAUGUCCUUUGUUCCUGCCAGCUUUGUGGUUUUCCUUAUUCAGGAACGUGUCAGUAAGGCUAAACACUUGCAGUUCAUCAGUGGUGUGAAGCCUGUUAUCUACUGGCUGGCCAACUUUGUGUGGGAUAUGUGCAACUACAUUGUUCCGGCCACACUAGUUGUUAUCAUCUUCAUCUGCUUCCAACAGAAGUCCUAUGUAUCCUCCUCCAACUUGCCUGUGCUGGCUCUCCUCCUGUUUCUCUAUGGGUGGUCCAUCACCCCUCUCAUGUAUCCGGCCUCCUUUGUGUUCAAAAUCCCUAGCACAGCAUAUGUUGUGCUGACCAGUGUGAAUCUCUUCAUUGGCAUCAAUGGGAGUGUGGCCACCUUUGUCCUGGAGCUCUUCACCAACAAUAAGCUGAAGGAUAUCAAUGACAUCCUGAAGUCUGUCUUCCUCAUCUUCCCUCACUUCUGCCUGGGCCGGGGACUCAUUGACAUGGUGAAAAACCAGGCUAUGGCUGAUGCUCUGGAGAGAUUUGGAGAGAAUCGGUUUGUGUCCCCUUUGUCAUGGGACCUGGUGGGAAGGAACCUCUUUGCCAUGGCUGUAGAAGGUGUGGUGUUUUUUCUCAUCACAGUGCUCAUCCAGUACAGGUUCUUCAUCAAACCCAGGCCUGUUUAUGCCAAGCUGCCUCCUGUGAAUGAUGAAGACGAGGAUGUAACCAGAGAGAGACAGAGGAUAAUUAGUGGAGGAGGACAGAGUGACAUUUUGGAAAUCAAGGAGCUAACCAAGAUUUACAGAAUGAAGAGAAAGCCAGCAGUUGAUAGGAUCUGUGUUGGAAUCCCCCCUGGAGAGUGCUUUGGGCUCCUGGGAGUAAAUGGUGCUGGCAAGUCAUCCACUUUUAAGAUGCUAACUGGUGAUACAGAUGUGACAGGAGGAGAAGCUUUCCUCAAAGGAAACAGUAUUUUGUCCAACAUCCAAGAAGUCCAUCAGAACAUGGGCUACUGCCCACAGUUUGAUGCUGUUAAUGAACUGCUGACAGGACGAGAGCACUUGGAGUUCUUUGCACUCCUGAGAGGUGUUCCAGAGAAAGAAGUCUGCAAGGUUGGCGAGUGGGCAAUUCGGAAACUGGGCCUUGUGAAAUAUGGAGAAAAAUAUGCUGGGAAUUACAGUGGAGGGAACAGACGCAAGCUUUCCACAGCCAUUGCCCUCAUUGGAGGGCCACCUGUGGUGUUCCUGGAUGAGCCAACAACAGGGAUGGAUCCCAAAGCACGUCGCUUCUUGUGGAACUGUGCUCUGAGUGUAAUCAAAGAGGGGAGAUCAGUGGUGCUCACAUCUCACAGCAUGGAAGAAUGUGAAGCCCUGUGCACUCGCAUGGCAAUAAUGGUCAAUGGGCGAUUCAGAUGUCUGGGUAGUGUCCAGCACCUAAAAAACAGGUUUGGAGAUGGUUACACCAUAGUGGUGAGAAUUGCAGGGGCAAACCCAGAUCUGAAGCCUGUUGAGGAGUUCUUUGGGCAUGCCUUCCCUGGAAGUGUCCUAAAGGAAAAACAUCGGAAUAUGCUGCAGUACCAGCUUCCCUCUUCACCAUCCUCCCUGGCCAAAAUAUUCAGUAUUCUCUCCCAGAACAAGAAGAGACUCCACAUAGAAGACUACUCCGUUUCUCAGACCACACUUGACCAAGUUUUUGUAAAUUUUGCUAAGGACCAAAGUGAUGACGACCAUACUAAGGACCUGUCAUUGCACAAAAACCAGACUGUGGUAGACAUUGCAAUCCUUAACUCCUUCCUGCAAGAUGAGAAGGUAAAAGAAAGUUGUGUGUGAGCCAAUCAUCAAAGAGAUGAUGAGCAGAAUGCAAACUUCCUUUUCCUGGGAUAGGAUACUCCCAAAGAAGCUAGAGGAAAAGCAACUGGACACUCUACUGAAAACCAUUCAAUGCAAUGCAAUUCAAUGCAAUGAAAACAAUUCCUUAACAGGGGCAGUGCCUCAUGGAGUCGUCUUGUACUGUUCUCCAGUGAAAGACUUGAACUUAGCUCAAUACAGUAUAACUCUGAAGCUGUGGUAAAGCACCCACAAGAUGCUGUGGGCUUUCAACUAUACUGUAUCUUGUUCUGUACAGUAUGUUUUUAUUAGGGUUGCUAAAAUAAUUCAUUAAGAAAUCAUGGCCAGUGGUUAUUUACAGAUACUCAGGACAUGCAUGUUUUAGUCCUUAGAACAUUCAUGUCAGGAGUGGGAAUGUGCUGGUGCUAUAUCCAUUGCUGGCAAUGAAUGCACCAAAACAGUCCAUGGCAAGAAAAGUCACCACCAGUGUUGUAGCCUUAGGUUGUAAAAACUUACCUGUAAAAACUUACAAGCUGGCUUUCUCUAGGCUGGUGUAGGUCAGUGGUGACAAAGCUGAGGCCACGAAGCAGUACUGUGCAGGUGGGAUGGCAAGAGACAGGCCAUCAUAACCACACAUCUUCAUCAGCAAGUGGCGAUAGGCAGAACUGUGAACCCUCCAAAUGCAUGAUUGUCCCACCAGCAUCACAAUCAACAACAUAUUCUGACUAGGUGUUUGUGCAGUUAAGUACUUUCCUGCUCCUCUGAGGUACUGUUGCAGCUGCAUGAACGUCUAGUAGAAAGAAGUGGGUGAGAAGCAGACAUAGGGUUUGGACCACAGCAGCAAACUCAGUAGUUGUACAAGCUGCUAAUGCCAAGAGCAAAUUCUAAAUCAUGAGCUGUCACUCAGAUUUGUAAUAUCUGCUCUUUAACCCCUGCUUUGCACCAGAAAGGUACCCAACAUCUGGAAUUACUGCUUAGCACAAGCAUGUUGCUCUUUCUGGCUUUGCCAGAUAAAACUAGAAGUGAGAUGUAGAUUUUUUUUUUUAAACAGUAUUAUUUAUGACUUUAAAUAGGUAGGUAGCAUAAUUAGGGAUUGGAAAUGCUUUCAGUUGAUCUUUGUAGCCAUGGUAUUUCUUUACAUUAUGCCUGUAAUGCUAUGCUCUCUUUCUGUCCAUGUAGUGGAUAGCUGCAUUCAUGAUCUGACCAUGUUCCAGAUUCUAGCAAUCAGCUGCUAUCUGCAAACAACUGCAAGUUGUUCACCUAAAAUUUUCCUGUUUGGAAACUGAUAUAUUAUUAAUGUGUAAGUUUCUGCUUCUGUUGUGCAGUGUAGUUUCAGUCAUUAGGUGAUCCCUAACUGGAGUAUACACCCUUAUUAUACAUGUGACAAACAACUGUUUCAGUAAGAAAUCCCCCUGAAAAACAAGAGAGUUCAAGAUAGUAGUGGUACAGUUCAUCAGUCAAGUUUUUCAAGUUUUACAAAGCCAGACUAAUAUUAGAGGGGAAAUUAUAUAGUAAGAACAAGCAAUUCUUGUUCACAUUGUACAACGGUCAUGGGAGAGUAUGCUUUUAGGGCCCCUCUGUGUUGCUUUUACAUUUGAAAAUUGGUUCAGUAAUGUGGUUUGAACACAAGUGCAGUUCCUGAGCUGUUCCUGUGUGCCAUUCCUCUGCCUUAAAUACCCACAGAGGUUCUGCACUAGUUUUGAUGCUACUCCAUCAAUCAGUCAUGGACCAUUUUCUUCUGUGAAUGACCAUAGCAGCCCAGCAAAUACUGAAAAGGCUGACAUGAGCCUUUUCAUGAAGAAGAUUAAUUACAUAUUUCCAAAUAUACUUGUUAACACUGACCAACUCAACAUUUUUAAAACACAGUUAAACUAAAUUCCUUGUCCCUCUAUGUCCUGCCUUGAGGUAAAGUAAGAGCUUAGUACAGGCUCUGCUGAAGUGCCUUUUUCAUACUUUUUUUUUUUUUUUUUUAUCUGUAUAAUUCAUUGCUAAGGGGAUUGAGAAAAGGAGUGUAAAGGGGAUUGGUAUACCUCACUGAAAACAUACUUUGUUAUUACCUUUAUGACAUCGUCACUCUACGGGGAUGAGUUACAGGGUGAUGAAUACAGCAGACUUCCAGGUGCAGAAACAGCAGAGCUACAGCCAUGACUACUCUGGAACAGGCUGCAAGUAUGUUGCAGUAAAAUUUAAACAAGUAGCUUGUCCUGGAGGCUUGCCACUGCUAAAAGUCGCUAUUACAAAUCAGCAUUACUGAAGUGAAGGGCUAAUGUUUUGCAUUGCACCAAGCUAGUGCAUGUAGAACUAGAACGAGUUCUAGGAGGAUUCAGAUUUGGUCCUGAAAGGGCCAAAUCUGUGGUUUGCUCUUGGUAACUGCUCCUUUAAAUAAUUCAUGUAUCAAGAAACAACAGUUACAUGGUAAUACACUUUCCUUAGGCCACCAAAAAGAUUCUUGAUUCUAUUGCCCCGUGAUUGUCGUGCUUACAGGGUCUGCUCUCUGUGACAAAAUAUUGCAGUAAAUGUGGAUAUUAACCAAACUACUUCACAGCUCUGAUUGGCAUUGUUUGUACUGAACAGACAGCAUAAUGCAACACUGGCAUGAAGAUUGGUCAUGGAAUAUGAUCAGAAAGCCACUAAUUUUUUCUUAACUAUAUGUUGGGAAAAAAUCACUCUAGAGUCAUACACAUUAUGUGAACCUCUUUUGAUAAUGAAACUACACUGAGGUGUUAACUUAUUUUAAACUUCAGUAGUAUUGACAUGUUGCAUCCCUCUCUGUAGUACAUUUGUAUUUCUUUAAGGAGUUGUUGUAUUUUCCCCAUGGUUAAACAACCACUGUUGUGCUUAUCUUUCCCUCCUGAAUCAUAGUUGGUCCUUUGUUCCAAGCACUUUAUGCUAUCUGUAAUGGGAUCUAUUUUUGCACUGGAAUAUCUGUUAACUUUGCAAAAAUCUAGAGAGAUUUCACAACUGAAAUUUCUAAGUUAAAUCCUUAAAUGGACGUUUUCAUUAAAAGCAAAAAAAAAAAGUAUAUAUAUUUGUAUUUGCUAAUAUCUGUUAUGUGAAGUAUUAAAAGGCACUCUAAUUGCCUUGUAUUAAGUAAAAAAUAAAGCUGUUAUAGCACCA